GAGGCUUACUCUGAAUUUCCACUGUUGAGAAUUUGAAAUUUCAAUUUGUUUGAUUAGACACAAUGAUUAAGAUGUUUAUUACAUAAAAUAAAAAAAUAAAAAAAUAAAAAAAUUUGGAGAAGCAUAAACACAUACAUAGCGGUGAAAGAAGAAACCCAACAAGAGUCAAGCAAGACUUGGAUCUUUGUCUCUUUCUUUUCUCUAUCUCUCUGUUUCAGAAACCAACGAAAAUGGUGGAAUCAGAGCUAAGCUAUGAGCAGAUUCGUUUGAAAAGGGUGGAAGAGAACAAGAAGAGAAUGGGGGAGCUUAAUCUCAACAAGCUUGCUCAAUCUCUUCGUGUCUCUUCUUCUUCUUCCAAGCCCUCUCCAGCAAAGCCAAGGACGAUGCGUAUUCCGGUGGAUUUCUCGGAGGUCAGGAGAUCAAGCCGUGCCAAGGGUCCACCUCCAAGUUACAAAGAGUUUGGGCUAGAACCACUGGAGAGGAGGCCAAGAAGGAGCUCUCAAAGAAGAGAUCUGCUGAACCGGGUAUAUGCUUCAGACGACGCAAGAAUGUACGCAUUCGACAGGGCAGAGAAGCUUCAGUCAAGCUUAGAUCCAGAAUUCCCAAGCUUUACCAAACCAAUGCUCCAAUCACACGUGACCGGAGGAUUUUGGUUGGGCUUGCCACUUCCUUUUUGCAAGGCACAUAUGCCAAAACGUGAUGAAAUGAUGACUUUGGUUGACGAGGAAGAUGAGGAAUCUAUGGUGAAAUACCUUGCUGAGAAGAACGGUCUUAGCGGAGGCUGGAGAGGUUUCGCCAUCGAUCAUCAGUUAGUCGAUGGAGAUGCUGUCGUGUUUCAACUUAUCACCCGAACAAUGUUUAAGGUGUAUAUCAUUAGGGUAAAUGAAGAUGCAAACAAAGAUUCAGAUGGGAAUGAAGAAGAUGAAGAUAAUGAUAAUGAAUUAAACAAGAAACAGAAGGAGAAUGUUUCAGAAGCUAGACAGUUGAGAAGCAGUGGUAAAAGGAAAAGAGGAGGAAGAAAGUAGAGUUUCAAGGUUGAAAUGGGACUUGUACGGAAGGAGUGGGAAAAGAACUAAAACUAACAUAAACAGAGCUUUUUGCGAUUAUUUUGGCUGAGCAGUGAAGUUAUGUAAUGGGGAUUUGUUUUUGUGUCUUGUAAUGGAGACAAACAUGGAACGUUACGGCUAAAUAUUUUGAUUUACGUUGAUUUAAUUUGAUAGUUUAUGAUUUGGAUAA